UCACUGAUAUAGGGACAUUCAUAUAAAAUUUAAGUAUGCCAGCGUAGUAAUAUGUGUAUUACAUUUAGCUUAGCUGCUGUAUUUCUGGUAGUCCAGGUGCCGUAUUGUUUUGGAAAUAAUGAUCCCUUGUCAACAGCACUUUGGAAUAGAAUUGAGGCACUAGAAAGAAGAGACAAGGAACAGUCGAUGAAAAUUGAUGCACUGGAACAACGAGUUAGUCUUUCCAAUGAGAAACUGACAAUCUUCUCUACAUUGAAUGAAAAUAUCAAAAAAGAGCUUGCUGUCAAAACCAAGAAACUAGAAAAGCAAGAUGACAUCCUUGCAGCACUUCAGAAAGAUAUAGAACUUCAAACGUUAGAAGCUGCUGUAAACAGAAGAAAAAUUGAAGUGCUCGAGUUGAAAGUUCAUGAGCUACAUGCAAGACUAACAGAGACAGAACAAGUGUCUGUUCAGCCUGAAGACAGACCUGAAGUGUCAAAUGAAAUUAAUGUCAAACUGAACGGAACUGAAGGAAACGAUGACAAAAAUAAGCAUCUCAACACUCUUAAUUCAAGAACAGAAAGCGCUAAUCACAGAACAGUUGGAGAACUACUGGAUAACACAAGUGGAAACAUGCCAGACAAAGCAGUCUAUGGACAACUGAAUAACAGAGGAAUUGGAAGACAUGCAGUUCAAAGGUUUUUAACCGGUGGCGUGCAAGAAGGCCCAGUAGCAUUCCAUGCAGUUAUAUCAAAGGCGCUUGUUCAACAUUUGGGUAUUGAUCAGAAUAUUGUUUUUGACGUAGUAGAACUCAAUCUCGGCGGAGGUUACCACAACCAGCAUGGACUCUUCAUUGCUCCAAAAUCUGGACUUUAUAUUUUCUCGACAUCACUUUUGAGCUAUGUAAAUGCAAAAGCCGAGUUUGAUGCAUCAAUAGUGAAAAAUGGAAACAUUCUUGCCUCUGCCUUCGGUCAUGGAGAUUCUGGGAGACAUGAUCAAGGCUCAGUUACCGUGGUGACACAAUUAAAUGUUGGUGAUGAAAUCAGUGUGAAGAAUAGAGUCAUUGCCGACGACGCCUACUGGGGAGACAGAUACUCAAGUUUUAUGGGAAUAUUAGUUAUUGAAAUGUAAUGACCAAUUCUAGCCUUUGGUUUCAAACUGUACAUCACUUAAACCAUUUUAGAAUAGAAGUUACUAGUAUAUCAUUUUGUCUAGCAACAUAGAAUUAUAAAAGACUAAAAUACUGAUAUAUUAAGUCUUAAAAAUAAAAACAAGCAUUUAUCAACUA